UUUGAAUCAGACAGAAACAGUUACGCUCACGAUCGGAGUACGAAGACUGUACAGUGAAAUAUUCCUUUAUAAAAUACAAAUAAACAGCGAAGAGCCUUGUCUUGGGACGAGGAUGAGGAAGAGUGAGUUGAUUGCUGCAGAAUCGGUGGCAUGUCUGAAUAAAGCUCUCUGCCAUCUAAAGGACAUCUGGGAGGAAAUUGGCAUCCCUGAGGAUCAGCGAUUAGAAAGGACAAAUGUGGUUAAGAAUCAUGUCAAAAGUCUUCUGGACAUGAUGAUUGCGGAGGAAGAGAGUCUGUGGAAACGUCUGACGACCAGUAUUGAGACAUGUCAAAAUGAGUUGAGUAAAUUGUGUUUGGAACUACAGCUUCCCCCAUUUCAGGAGGACAGAAGUAGCACUAUGCUACAGCAGGAAAAAGACCUCCGGAUACAUCUUGAAGUGAUGUUAAAGGAGAAAAAUCAGAGAAUGCAAGCACUCAAAACCUUAACCGAGCAGGAUCAGGAUCUCUGUGACCUCCUCUGCUUCCAGUCGUUUUCUGUCUCUGCUGAUUCUGUUCCGUCCCUGGAACAGCUGGAGAAAUUCUGUCAACACAUCUCCUCUCUCACUGCUGAGAAACUUGAGAAGAAGCUGAAGGCUGAGAUUGAACAGUGGGAACAUGAACAGAACGGAGAGUUCCAGGUGAAUGGUCAGAAGUUCAUGCAGUUUGUUACUGAUCAAUGGGAGACGUACCGGCUGGAGAAAGAGCGGGAAAAACAGGAGCGGCAACUAAAGAAGAGCAAGCAGACAGAGGAGGACAUGGUCUAUGGCACUGUGAUCCGGACACCGACUAAACAAAGAUUUCUGGGCAGCACAACACCUUGUAAAGCUCGAAAGCUAAACGCUACCUCCAGUACUGGCACUUCUAACAGCACUAUCCGAUCUGUCUUUGGUGGUACUGUCUGUCAUUCUCCUAUAUCGCGUCCUCCGAUUUUAGAAAGCAAGGGUAAUGUGAAGACUCCAGGCCAUAGCAAACCUCCUCAUCAAGGUUUGCUAGAAUGCAAUAAGGAGAAUAUCUGUCAUCUAACUGGUGGUGUGGCUGGGAUGACGAAGGUAACAGCUAGUCCACAGCGUAACUUCAGCAUUAACUCUGUCGCAAGCACCUAUUCAGAAUUUCAGCGAGACCUCUCCAAGUCAUCUAAAUCAAAACAUGUACCUGAAAUCCUGAACUCAACCAUCAUUCAGCUUUAACUCUACUGCAUGCAACACUUUCUGCUAUUAGGACUGGGAUCUUUAGAUGAUGGCUUAUGGGUUCUGGGUUCUUGUUCUUUAUAGCUUUAGCUAUGCAUUUUAUAUGUAAAUGAAGGUAA